CUUUUUUCAUACGAAUCCACCCGUCUACCUGACUCGCACCCAGAUGUCAUCUAUUCGUCUCCCUCGCACUGCCAUUUUUAUUUUUCUCUUUGGAAUCUGUAUCCUCGUACCAGUUUGAUUUAUGUUGAGAAAAUGCCAAUUCUGCCUGCGUCUGCUUGUUAGUCCUUAAUUUGGAGUCCUAAAAGGGUGAUUCGGGGUUCUAGUUUGGAGAGAGCUUCUGUGAUGAAAAUGGGGAGGAUGAAGAAUGUAAACAAGGAAGAGAUUGCCGAGGAUUGGUGUUUCGUUUGCAAAGAUGGAGGUUCAUUGAGGGUUUGUGACUACAAGGAUUGCCUCAAAGCAUAUCAUUCCCGGUGUGUAGAAAAAGAUGAUUCUUUCUUGGAGAGUGAUGUGCCUUGGAGAUGCAAGUGGCAUUUUUGCUUCAUUUGCAAGAACACCCCAAAAUUCCACUGUUUUUGUUGUGCAAAAGCUGUAUGUGGACGCUGCUUCUGUAAUGCUGAGUUCGCAGUUAUUACAGGGAAACGAGGAUUCUGCAAUCAUUGCUUAACACUCAUAGGUUUGAUUGAAGGGAUAGAGAAUCCAAACUUCAAUGAAGGGAAGAUAGACUUCAAUGAUCGAGACACGUACGAAUUCGUGUUCAAGAGUUAUUGGGAAAUGAUUAAAUCAAAAGAAGGUCUAGCUUCCAAACAUGUCCAUAAGCUAUUGAAUAAGGGUGCAGAUACUGAAUAUAUUGAUUCAAAUGAUAUUUUCGAAGGUGAAGAAGCUAUUAGUGAAUUUGAAGUUGGAAAUGAACUUACAUCUGAUAAUGAAGAUUUGAAUAAUAGAAAAAGGCAUGAAGGAAUUAAAAGAUGGAAGAGCAACAAAGGGAAACAAUCUGUGAUUAAUAAGAAGGUUAAGUCAAAUAAAAGGGAAUUUGAUGGAUGGGGAUCAAAACUCCUUUUUGAGUUCCUUGCAUCCAUUGGUGAAGAGACAAAGCAAGAAUUAUCACAACAUGAUGUUACUGCUAUUGUUAUAAGGUAUUGUGAGAAACACAAACUUUUCCAUCCAGAGAAAAAAAAGAAGAAAAUUAUUUGUGAUCCCAUGUUGAAAUCUCUUCUUGGAAGGAAAUCAGUUAAUAAGAAUAGCAUACAUAAACUUUUGACACCACAUUUUGCUGAAAAUUUUGAGCAAUCAGAGGAUGACUUUGGAUAUAGUUCAGAAGGCAAGGGUAGGAAUGUCUCAAUGGCCUGUAAAAGGCAGCGAAUCUCAAGCACAGAUAGAAAUUCUCAGAAGAAAGAAGCCAUUCUAGAUGUUCAAACUAGCUGUUUUGCAUCUGUCGUCGCUGAAAAUAUCAAACUUGUUUACUUGAAGAGGAGUUUAGUGGAGGAGCUGUCAAAGCAAUCUGAGGUUUUUGAUGAUAAAGUAAUGGGAAGUUAUGUGAGAAUUAAAUCUGAUCCAUAUGACUAUUCACAGAAAAAUUCUCAUCAGCUUGUGGAAGUGACGGGCAUAAAAAGAACUUCAAGAAGUGGCCUAGUGAAUGCAGAUAUUCUGCUACAAGUUUCCAAUACACCAAAAGACAUUCCCAUUUGCAAGUUAUCAGAUGAUAACUUCUCCAAGGAAGAAUGUGAGGAUUUGCAACAAAGGGUGAAGGAGGGUCAGCUAGAGAGGCCCACUGUUGUGGAGUUCAAGGAGAAGGCUAAAAGUCUCCAUGAGGUUAUAACAAAACAUUGGAUUCUGAAGGAGAUGGCCCUAUUGCAAAACCUUAUUAAUCAGGCAAAUGAGAAGGGAUGGAGGAGAGAAUUUUCCGCGUACAUGGAUAAAAUGCUGCUUCUUCAGACACCAGCAGAACAGUCCCGCUUGUUGCAUGACAUUCCAGAAAUAAUUGCAGAUGAUGCAGAGGUUGAAACUGCUGACAAUGAAUUGUGCAGGAAGGAUGAAAAGGAAAAUAAUGCCUCACCAGAAUCAGCUAGCAGAGGAAUGUCAAAGCCUGGUAGAAAAAGUUCAAGCAGCAAUAGGAUUUCUUACAACCUAAAUGAUGGAGCAAAUUUUGCAGAACAAAAGCAGCAAUCUGAAGAACCUGAAUCUAAGGAAAUGGUGCAACAGCAUCAUACUAGUCCUGCAAGUGGAGAUGAUGGUAGUCAUCAAAUAGAGAGUUGUGAAUCUGCUCUAGAAGUGAAGCAGAAAUAUUCAAAAGCAUCAGGACGAUUGGUAGCUUCUAUUCCACGAGGCCCAUCCAAUGCCCCUGGUUCAGAAAACCAACAUCAUCCUUCUACUUCAGGAGAAAGCCACGAAAAACCGGUGGAUGGUGACCAUGAAAAGGUGAAGAACAAGCGAACCGGACCACAAGUCGAGUUAAUUGAAUUGAGUGAUGAUGAGGAGCAAGAUACAAAUGUUGCAAAAACCAAUCAAACACCAGAUGACCUGAAUUCUUCUAUAUGGUACUGUGUAAGUCCACAUGGUAUCAAAAGGGGGCCGUACUCGAUGUCAGUGCUUAAGCAAUGGAGUGAUACUAGUUACUCACAAUUGAAAUUCAAGGUGUGGAAAACUGAUCAGAGCCCUGAAGAAGCAGUUUUUCUGACAGAUGCCAUUUGCCAGUUUUUUUCUGGCAAGAACUGAAAUUUUUAAAGUUUUUUUCUUUUUUUUUUCUAGUCAGUUGCUGACACAAACAACUAGAAGCCAGGGGAUUUGUAUCUACUUUCUCCAAGAACGAAAAUUUUUUUGUUUCUUGUCUA